AUGUCGGUCCACCGGGGAAAGAAACCAUACGAAUCUGAUAACAGUGCUGAAGGAUUUUCCGAAAAGGACGACUUGAGGCGACAUAAGAAGGUUCAUACAGGAGAGAAACCAUUUGCAUGUGAUAUUUGUGCUAAAGUAUUUUUGAAAAAGGAUUAUUUGAAGCGGCAUAAGAGGGUUCAUACAGGAGAGAAACCAUUUGCGUGUGAUAUUUGUGGGAGGAGAUUUGCCCAGAACGGUAACAUGAAGAGCCAUCGGUUGUUAUCAUUGCGGACUAGGCAUCCAGUGGAGUCAAGAAUAGCAGCCACUGAUGUGAACAAACCGCAAUGUCCUAUUUCAAGAAUCCUGGGGUCAAAUUCAAGAAAACGCCAAUAUAUAUGUGAAAUUUGUAAUAAAAGGUGUUCACAAAAGGGUGAUCUUACGAAACAUUUGCGUAUUCAUACAGGCGAGAAACCAUAUAUCUGUAAAUUUUGUGGACGAGGCUUCUCUCAGAGUUCAUCAUUGAUAAAACAUCUGGGGAUUAGUGAUUUGAAGAAGCACGUUCGUAUCCAUACAGGAGAGAAACCAUAUGUUUGUAACAUUUGUGGGAGGGGCUUUUCCCAGAAGGCUAGUCUCAGAGUUCGAGCCUGA